CCCGUCGUGCCCCUGCUCGAAAGAUUUCUUUCGGGAGUUUGCUCCCUGCUGCCGAGGAGGAGAACGACCCUGAAGGUGGCGCCGGAUGUGGACUCGGACUCGGAAGUGCUUUCCAAUUGCGUUAGGUGACUCAUCGACCACCCUUCACAACUUGAACCUCGUGCUUUUGAUCAUCCCUCGUGUGUGCUCCAUCACGUUUGGAUCGACUUGCAUUCUUGACAAAUUGUUCAAGAUUAUCAUCACCAAUCAAUCACUCAUCAUCGAUCCUGGAUGCAGCGGUAGUAUUCCUACUCUCUGCUUCGACGGAUCGACUUCGGCUCUAUCUUUUUCCCGAUUGCUUCAUUAUAAGUUCAUAACUCACCCUCAUUGCAUUCACUAUUUCCUUGCUUCCAAUUCUCAGAUCAUCUCGGCUCCCGGAUGCCGCAUCCUCUCCUUGCUUCUUGCUUAUGCUCAAUCACACUCUCUGAAAGGAUUUCUCUUGCUCUAUCUCUCUAUCUAUACCGGAUGGCAUCCUUGCAUCAACCACACUCAUUCGUCUCCCCUCUACUCCAAUCACCAGCUCGGUUCUGGUUGUGACAUAGUGUAUAGUAGGAGCUUCGUCUCCACCUUCAGUCAACUAGAUCUAUCUGUUCAUUUCCUUUCAUGUGUUUACUCAAAACACUGCCGCUCACACCUUCCUUAUUGUUUAACCUUCCCUCUGUGCUAUCAUUCGUCAUCUCUCCUCUUCUGCCGGGCACGCAUACAUGCCUUACCUUUCUGUACGGAUGGGUAAGUGCUACAUGGGGCCCCUUUUUCCUGUGUUAUUUUUUUUUCUUGUAUAUAUGUUGUACUGUUCGACCUUUGUUUUAUUUCCGGUCGUUGUGUCAAUAGUUCGUCGCGCUUGUUGCUGGGCACUGUAGAAUACGCGUUGAGUGCAAUGUAUUCUGACUGUCGUGAAGUCAAGUUCCAUCGGCCUGAAAUCUCGAAUAUACUAUCCUUCAAAGUU